ACAGCUGGACCUGAGUCUUGGCUUUCCAGGUGUUUGAAUGCUUUUCUGCAUCUCCACAGGAUUAUGCAGGGACUGUUGGAAAGGCUGGCAGGGCCCUGUUUUCCAGGUGCAUUUGAGGCUGUGAUGGUGUGUCACCCCUCGGGAACAAGCUUGAAGGGAAAGGAGCUGGGACUCUGAAAUCGCUUUGUCACGUGCACUGUGACAGUGAAUUUAAUAACUCCAGUGGAGGACACAAGGUCUAACUACCCCCAGGCACGUGCUGGGGAGUGUUUCGGGCAGCCUGCACCAGUAAGGAAGUCUUAACUUUGCCAGGGGCAGACCAGGUGGCACAGGAAGGAGCCAAGUGAGAGCUUAAUGUGUGUUCCACGGGCACUGAAUGCCAGCUGUGAAUCUGGGGCUGUCUGUGCGUGGUUAGCUAAUUAGCACCACUGGCAGUCUUUUAAGUGAAAACAGAAAAAAAAAAAAGACAUUGGAACUAAUGUUCCUUGUUUUGGAUGUGUUUGACUGCUCCUUUUUUUUUGGCUGUGGAUUGCAGGAGGCUGCAGGGUGAGGUCACCCCGCGCCGGACGCCAAGGGGGCCAUGCAGAUGAGCAGGACUACAAUGUACUGACUGUGAGCAGCUUCCGACAGAGCUCUUGCCUCCAUGGGUGCUGGGAGAGGGCCUUUCCCCUUCUGGGUGAUUGAUGCUGGCCUGCAUGAAGCAAGUGUCAGACAUGAUCUUUCCCUGGGAGGAAGUUAGUACAGUUUUUUUGGAACAGCAUGACCAAAAUCAAGAUAAAAUGCAUCCAGCACAAGCUGGGCAAGCUGAGGCUGGGUAUGUGCCCUGAGACUCUGUUAGUCCUGACUCUGUUAGGUCCUGAGGUCCUCAGGAUGUGACUCUGUAGUAGUUCUGCAGGCAGAGGCACAAAGUAAAAUGUGCAUUUUGGAGCUUUUUUAAUUAUUGUUUCAAACAUCCUGGCUUCUCACACUAACAAACACAGGAACUUUUCUUAGAAGAUGAAGGGAGGAAUCAGGCAUCCUCAACUAUAAACUACAGAAUGAGUUUAUUUUUUCCCCUCUUGACUUUGACUCAGCUUCGGAUAUUUGGAGAUUGCAGAGUUUCCGUUUCCAAACUGUUUUUUUUUCCCCCUGCAGAUUAAAGUUUGAACUGGUGUGUCUCUUCUCCCUCACAGUCCAGUUUACUCUGGUUAACUCAUGCUUCUGCCUGCCCUUAGCUCACACCCUUCCCACGAGAGAGGAGCGGUCUCGGUUGCUGGCGCUUGUCCCCGUGGAAGCACCCUGAGCACAUCUCAGUGAGUGAGCCCUGAGCACACGGUGUCUGUGAGGUCCAGGACAGGCCAUGGGGCACGUUUCUGUGAAGGAAACAAGCACAGCACCAAACCAGCGUGAAGGGUAGGCGAGUGUCUCCGUGAAGUUCGUGUACAGUGGGUUUCUCCAGUGGUAAAACCAACAGAUGAAUCUGUGCUGAGGCACAGUUUGUGGCUUACCAAGACAGUUCAUGUCAUGCAUGUGAGCAGCACCUCCCCAGGCCUGGCUGGGUCUCUCCCCAGCUCCGACUGCAGCUCCUAUUCCCCAGGAGGUGCUGUCGUGCUCUUUGUGCCAUGUUUGCUGUAAUUACACCAGGUCAGCUCCAACUCAUCAGCAUCACAGCAGCAACACAGCCCUGCUGGGAGAGGUGCUUUGGGAGAGCACUCAGGUGCUUGUCCUGCCUGGCAAAAGUAGAGAAGUCGCUUCUUAUGGAUUUGUGCACCUUCCCUGGGUGUGAAAUGAGCCUCUCCCACUGUGCAGUUACAGGUUGGGAGAGCCCUGAGCACUGGUGGUGAAGUGCAGAACAGUAGAGUCCUGAAGGCAGGGACUGAUCCCUGUGUGUCCUCCAGUGAAGGGAGCAGCCUGACAGGAGCUGCCCUGACCUGCAGCUCUUCCUACCCAUCAGCUGUGCAAAUGCCUUCCUUGACCCAGGCCUCUCUCAGACGAGCAGGGAGGAAUCUCAUUUGUCCCCGUUUUCAAUUAAAAUAGGCAUUUGUAAGUUUUCUUCCAAGUUUUAUGUAGCAAUUAUGACUAAACUUUUCAAUUCCUGAUAGAGCCCGAGAUGAUUAUGUGUGGUUAAACCUCAAGGACAGACGUGCUGUAGCUGCUCUUGCAGUUUUAAUCAGCUGUCAUGAAACCAGUGAUAGACUGAAGGAAACGUUCCCCUCCUGUUCCCAAAAAGAGGGAACAAGGGGCAAGGAGCAGCACUGGUUUGGCAAAUAUAAGUACAAACAAAUCAAACCUAUCUAAAGCACUUCUCUUUGAAAAGGGGAAUGCACCAAGCUUGUGCAGUCUUGACUUUAACACUGAUUCCUUUAAAGCUUUGAGAGCCUGAGUCCUGUUUCAGCUGAAACCUGCUUGGGGUUAGAUUUGAGAGUGGUGGGAGGGAAAACUACAAUUCCAGACUGUUCUUAAUUUAUUUCCUCCCAGUUUUUCUUGUACUUCCCUGCAGACAGAUCAGUCAAGGCCUGUGUCCAGAAGAAGUAGAAAUGCAGCCUAAGCAAAAUGUUGCAAACUGAACUGGAGUGUUGCAGCCUGGAUACCAGUUGUGGAGUUUCACUUAAGGAUUGAGGAGGGAACUUGUAGCGGUGUUCAUCUGCUCUGCUGUGGUUUCCCUGUAUGGGAGAAAUAACUGUUUUAUCCAUCUGCAAAGUCUAAAUACAGAGAACAGAGCUGGGGGACCCUUUAGCUCCUUGACUCCUGCUUGUUCCCGCUGGAUGGAGGGCACUGGUCCAACCUGAUCUCUGCAGUCUUUUGAGUCUCCCCGGUGCCGGUCCCGGGACAGAGGGGCCUGGAGCUGCCAUGACGACGGGGGACUGCUGCCACCUCCCCGGGUCCCUGUGCGACUGCCCGGGCAGCGCUGCCCUCUCCAAGUCGGUGGAGGACUCGGACAUCGGGCGCCCUCAGUACAUCACCCAGGUCACCGCCAAGGACGGGCGGCUCCUCUCCACCGUCAUCAAGGCGCUGGGCGCCCAGAGUGAUGGUCCCAUCUGUCGAAUCUGUCAUGAAGGUGGAAAUGGGGAGGGACUGCUUUCCCCGUGUGACUGCACAGGAACACUGGGCACCGUGCACAAGAGCUGCCUGGAAAAAUGGUUAUCCUCCUCCAACACAAGUUACUGUGAGCUCUGCCACACAGAAUUUGUUGUAGAGAGAAGACCAAGACCUUUGACAGAGUGGCUGAAGGACCCCGGGCCCCGCAAUGAGAAGAGGACCCUGUUCUGUGACAUGGUGUGUUUCCUGUUCAUCACCCCGCUGGCGGCGAUCUCGGGCUGGCUGUGCCUGCGCGGGGCCCAGGACCACCUGCAGUUCAACAGCCGCCUGGAGGCCAUCGGACUCAUAGCACUCACUAUUGCACUUUUCACAAUCUACGUCCUCUGGACGCUGGUUUCGUUCCGCUACCACUGCCAGCUGUACUCGGAGUGGCGAAGGACCAACCAGAAAGUCCGCCUGAUGAUCCCAGCCUCGAGGAGCCCUCACCCCGUGCCCCACUCCCUCCUCUCCGCCAAGCUCAUGAAGAAAACCGCGGAUGAGACGACCGUCUGAGCCGUCCCGUGGCCACCAACUGGGGCCAGCCCAGGGCGAGGGGGGCUGUGUGUCCUCACGUGCCCAGGGCAGCUCUGGGGGCACCAGGAAACAAUCAUCCCACACAAGGGGACUCUGCGGUCAGCACCUGCUUCAGACUUUGACAAACAGACAAAUAAUCAACGUCUGUGUGUGAAAUGGCCCAAAAGAGCCCGGUGGCAGAAAAUGCCUCUCUGCAGGGACAUUUUCCCAUAACUAAAUACCAUACGUGGAAAAUAUCUCCCUCUCUCUCUCUCUAUAUAUAUCUAUAUAUAAUAUUAUUUUUUAAUGGCCAUGCAUAUUGUGUUUCAGUCCUUUUGUGUAGAUGUUCUAAGCUUCAGGAUAGAAGCCGGCAGCCUGAUCUCAUUCAGAGGUUAAAUCAAUGCCUUUUCUCCAAAUGAGCAUAUAAAGAACACUUUUCAUCAUCCGUUCUUGAAAGGCCCCUUCUCCUUUGCACUAAAUUGGUUUUGAUAAUACUGCAGCAGCCUUCCCGUUACUCUUUGGUCUCUUUCAUGGUGUUCUGUCCUUUCUAGAAAGUUGAGUGUUUUUAAUAAUUAUUAUAAUCCCAGAAGGAGUAAAAUGACGUGAUGCUGAAUGGAGACAUUUUGUAUUGUAAAGUACUGUAAUUUUGAGAUAUAAGUUUCAAAAAGAGAGAUCUUUUCCAGUGCAGAUGUGAUCUCACACGAUGCUUUCCUUGCCUCUCCUGGCUCACCCCCAGGACUCGGAUGCACUCAGCUCUUAGUAUGUCUGGCAAAGGUAGAUGGAGGAUCCAAGAGUGGAGAGUCAUGGCUUGUAUUAGCUAAACCCACCAUUGCCUUUUGGUUUUAAACGAUCAAGAAAGGAGCUUUCCUGACCCCAGAAGGUUGUAGUUUCUGUUUGCUGAUGUCCUUUCACCAUCCUGAGGCUGGACCUCCCGUAGCAUCAGUUCCACACGUACCUUAGGGGACAGGCCAUGCCCUGCGGCGCUGGCAGGACGCAGGUGCUCUUGGCUGUCUCUGCGCUUUAUUUGCACAUUCCAGAGGAGCUGCUGGGAUUGAGUUCAUCCCUGACAGUGCUGCCUGCCUGUUGUGUCCUCUAGUGAAACCCUCCCAGUUCGCUGGUUCCCAGAGAACAGGUUUGGGUCCCUUCUUUUGUGGGGCUGGUGUUCCUCCUCCUCCUCCUUUCCUUUUUCUCACCUGCAUUUCCAGCACAUCCAGCUGUCGAAACCCUCUGUCUCAGAGUGCCCCGUCUGCCAAGGGUCUCGCUGGUUUGGCUUUGGUCCUUGCCUCUCUGCCACCCUCCCACCCUGCCAUGUGGUGCUUGUGCCUGGUGCUGAGCUUCCCUGAGCCUCCCGUGUGGCACAGGCUGUGAGGAUGCCGGCGGUGCUGCUGCCCUGCCCGGUGCUCCAGAGGUGUGUGCUCGGCUGGAGCCUGGGCUCUGCUCCCGUCAUGGUGAGGGCAGAGAGCAGGGAGGAGGCAGGCUCCAAGGUGCCCAUGUGUGGAUGGUGAUGUGUGUGACACACUGUGUCCCUCUGCCCCUUUGCUGAACCCAGGUGGAUCGGUCCAAUGCCCUCCUAGACUGAGACCUGUUGUUUCUUGGAUUCAAAGCACUCCACGUCCUUCCUCCUCCUCCUCCUCUCUGCCUGCAAAGCAGGAUGCUUUUCCUUAUGUGUACCAUGACCCUGGGCUGGAAGUUUCUGGUGGCAUGAGUAGCAGGGACCAGUGUCCUGUCUCUCCCAAGAGGAUUGCUCCAGCCCUGGGUCCUGGGUUCUGUCGGCUCUUCUCCUCCAUCUUCUGUGCCAGGGUUCUCGUUCAACUCAGGGAUACCCCGGCACAUCUUUCAGCAGCCUCUCUGUGCCCAGUGGCAGGUCCCUGUGGGCUGCUCCAAACUAGUCUCUGUUCUGAGCAUGAGGGGCUUGUGUGACCAUGGGGUGAACGUCCUCUGCCACAGCAAGGCUGCACAUCUCUGCUCCCCUCUUUCGACCCGUCCCUUCCCUUCUGCCACAUACCCAUGGGCACCUUCCCUUUUCCCAGUCAUGCAGGGAUGACUCUGGCCCUGGUGCUCCUGGAGGAGGGGCUGCUGCAGCCCAGCUCCAGUCCCAGUCCCUGCUCCAGUCCCAUCCUUUCCCACCCAGGCACUCCCCACUCCUCACACCCUUCCAUGGCAGCGGGCACUGCACCACUGCCCUGUGCCUUGUCCUGGGUGCCCCUUUCUUCAGGCCCUUCCCAACAACCCCCUUGUCACCAGGACAUUCUCAGUGGAGAAAAAUGGGGGAGUGGUUUCACCUUUUCAUCCCUGGGUCCCUCCCAGGAGCUUGGCCUUGCAGUGCACCGAGUUCUGGCCGGUGACAAGGGAUGUGCACUCCCACACCACGUUCCCCGGGUAAGGACUUAGUGGAGCCAGUGUUCCAGUUAGGAGACCCACUGUUGAUCCUAAUAUGCAACUGUGAAAGCCAGAAGCCCCUGGCUGGGGCAGUGGGGGCCCGGCCCUGUGCUGUAGGGCAGCCAUGGCUGCACUCAGCUUCCUUGACUUUAUUGUCAUUGCCAAUAAUUGGAGUUGUUGCAUGUGCCCCUGCAAACCCAACAGCCACUCUUUAAGUCUUUUCCUCCUUCCUAGAGGAGAUGUUCAGCUUGUGGAUGUGGGAAAUCAGUGUCUGACCCACCACGUUCCAGUGUCAUGGGGAAACGGGCUGUGCAAUUAUGUAAAUAAAAGUGAGACAAAC